AUGUACGCAGAGGCGGAGGAUGCAGUUGCGAGGGACUCAUCAGAUGUGCUUCGUAGCUUUGACCCUGCAGUAUUGGGGGCCUUAUUGAACAGCGGCGUGCUGCGGGUGGCGAUGCAUCCGUCUGUGCGUGUGUCUUGUCUGGGGAUAGCAGCAGCAGCAGCUUUGCUGCGUAAGUUUGCUUCUCUUGCUGCAGCAGACGAAGUCUCCUCCCCCCAGCAGCAGCAGCAGCAGCAGCAGCAGCAGCAGCAGCAGCAGUUGCCGCAGUGGUUGAACACACGAGCUCUUCUCUCUGUUACCUUCGUUCGGUGUCUGCGUAUUGGGGAGCCGCAGAUAGUCAAGCUGCUGCAGCCUGCUGCUGCUGCUGCUCUAAAUUCUGUUGCUGCUAGGCUGCUAGAGACAGUGGGUGAGGGUUCAGCAGCAGCAGCAGCAGCAGCAGCAGCAGCACUGACAGCGAGACGCCAGGAACUGCAGCAGAAAAUCCUAACGCAUCAACAGCAGCAGCAGCAACUCCUCCUGCAGCAGCAGCAGCAGCAGCAGCAGCAGCAGGAUGAGCAGGAACAGAAACGCAUGCAAGAGAAGCAGCAAGACAUGCUGACGCAGCUCAGAGCCCUAGAAGCAGCACAAAAAGCAGUCGAAGCAAUACAGCCCCUCCCCCUACCCUCCACCGCCAACUGGGUCCAAACUGUACAGGCUACAACAGCAUGGACGGAGGAGGUGUGUCAGCAGCUGCUGGAGUCUCCUUUGCUGCUGCAGCGACAGCAGCAGCCGGAUUCGUUGCUGCUGCUGGUGCUGCAGGCAGCAGCAGCAGGAAGACAAUAUGAGCUCACAGAUAAAAACCAGCCUCUUUUGUUUCCUUCUUGUAUUCUUCUCGAUGGUUGCUGCUGCUUUGUAGAGGCUCAGGUGCAGCGGCUGAAGUGUGCGUGUCUUACAGCAGCAGCAGCAGCAGCAGCACAGGGAACAGCAGCAGCAGCAACAACUGCUGCUGCUGGUAAUCUAUGGUUGCUGCCGCAGCAUGCUGCUGAGGCCCCCUGGCUGCUGCGGCUCUGCCGUGUGUUUAGUGGUUUGGUGAUGGUGCCUUUGUUCGAUGGUGCUCGUGCUGCAGCAGCAGUAGAAGCAGCAACGCAUGCAAAAACAGCAGCAGCAGCAGCAGCAGCACAAGGCAACAGCUCGUGCUGCAGCAGCAGUAGAAGCAGCAACGCAUGCAAAAACAGCAGCAGCAGCAGCAGCAGCACAGGGAGCAGCAGCAACAGCAGCAGCAGCAGCAGCAGCAGCAGCAGCAAACUUCAGCAGCACAGGCCUCUGUCUCCAUGA